AAAAUUAAAAAACUGCCAUGAUUACAUACCGUACAAAAAACAGGCAAAAUGGCUACUGCUUGGCACAUCAAUCCAUGAUUACUUGAUCUUUUUAGAUUUCAAACGCUGCAACGGCUGCUAGCCUGCUACGCACAUGAAUCCACAGUUCUUUUUAUGGAGAAGGGUACCAGCACUAUUUUGAAGGCCACAUAGCUGCUGGGUUUUUUAUUUGCAUUCUUAUAUCCAUUGUAUCACGUUAGCGGUUCCUACAGAGGUGGCGAAGAUCUUCGUUCUGAAGUAAACUUCACUUUAAUUACGACAUCAGGUACUGGAGAUUAGUACUUUUAUUUAUGUUUGAAGUGAAGUAAGAAGUGCAAUUCCAUUGUUUCAGAGAAUGCCUCUGAAAAAGAAAUUCCCCGGUACUCCGGUGACAAGGAAUUAUCAUCAAGAUUUCAUCAGCAACCUCCCCCAGAGUCUAAGGGUAACCAUCUUAAAUUACCUGCCACUUCGCGAUGCUGUAAAGACGAGUGUGCUCUCAAGUGAGUGGAGGUACAUGUGGACUAAAGUUCCACAUCUUUGUUUUGAUGAGUUAAUCUUGGAAUUCCCAAGUGGGGGUGACCAAUUGGAGUUUCAAAAUAAAUGUGUUAGGCAGAUACUCCGUGUUUUGCUGCAACAUGAAGGGCCUAUAACCACGUUUGUGCUUGCAAUUCCUGAGCUUGAAUUCUUCCCUGAGAUGGAGAGCUUGAUGUUUUUCUUGGCCAAGAGUGAUGUUGAGGAUCUCACACUUGAAUUUGAACCUGGCCAUAACAAACUUCCUUCAACAUUUUUCAAGUGUCAGAGACUAAAAGCUAUAUCCCUUCUUUCCUGUCUGGUUCAUCCACCUUCUGACUUCAUUGGAUUUAGUCAGCUUCUCACCAUCCUCAUGCUCGAUGUAGCCAUUGGUUCAGAACAACUUCAAAGCUUUGUUGCUUGUUGCCCACUACUUAAAUCCUUGCACCUAAGAAUCUCUUCGGUAUAUGAAGCACUGGAAAUUCAGGCUUCUAAACUUGAGAACUUUGAAUUUCAUAGUAAACUGAAAUCUGUUUCUUUCAAGAACACCCCACUUCUCAAGGAGGUUGUAAUUAUUAACCAUUCAGAUAUUGAAGUAGAGGAAAAAAAUGCUCUACAUGGGAAAUCUAAUCUUAUUGAGUUUUUCAGAUCUAUUCCAUCGCUUAGUGUUCUACAUAUUGACACUCACUUCAUUCAGUUUUUAGCAGCAAAUGGAGUCCUAAAAAGGCCUAGUCUAACUGCAGUGCACCUUAACACUCUUAUACUUGAGGGAAUAUGUUUAGAGAAAACGGAGGAGAUGACAUGUGUACUUUUGAUGGUUAGAAUCUCACCAAACUUGCAAUGUAUCAUGAUUCGACUAUGUAAUUGCACUGGGGUUGCUGGCCAAAAUCCUUCUCUCGACUCACUUGAUGUUGAAGAAUUCUCAGAUGUGAAACUAGAUCAGUUGAAGAGGGUGGAGUUGAAAUAUUUUACUGGUACAAGGAACCAAAUGGCACUUGCAAAACUUCUUUUAAUCAAAUCUCCAAGGCUUAGGAAAAUGAUAAUUAAACCCCAUGCCAAAAGUUGCGAUGAAAAACAAGGGUUUCGGAUAUUGAAAAAGCUUAUACGGCUGCAUCGAUCAUCAGCAGCUGCAAAGAUUAUCUAUGGAUAGGUGUUGAUAUGACGAAUUCUGAGUUCAGAGAAUGUGCUAAUGAAGAGUGAUUGAUAACUUUGUAUCUUAUAGGUAGUAGUUAUUUCUCAGAGAGCUGCAUGUUGUAAUGUCCUUAAACCUUCUUUUGAUAUUCUCGAGUUGUAUUUUGCUUUUUUUUUUUGCAAGUAUGUAUUUUGCUUAUUAAGGUGAACAGUUCAAAUUUAAGUUAAACUUAGAGCCCGUUUGGUAGCACGGAAGUCGGUGUUUUGGCUAA